GAAGAAAAGGCGUGCUUAAUUGGAUUCCGCAAAAUGAGUUUCGUUCCUCUCAACCCUCGGCCUAUGCUGCAGUCCUUGAUUAAUGAGGACAUCGUCGUUCGCCUAAAAUGGGGCCAAACGGAGUACAAAGGCCGACUUGUCAGUGUUGAUUCAUACAUGAACAUCCAGCUAUCACAAACCGAAGAGUUUAUCGAUGGGAAGAACACCGGCACUCUAGGCGAGGUGCUUAUACGAUGCAACAAUGUCCUCUGGAUAGGAAACGCAAAGGGAGUGGAAGACAAGGACGUCCAGAUGGGGGAUUCUUGAUGAUGAACCUGUCUUCACCUUUUACCUC